AAGUUUGGCAGGCUCAAUUCUCAUUUCUCAACAGGUGUGGUGGGCCUCGGUGAGGCAAUAAAAUGGCAUACCAUCCUCAAUCCUAAUGCAUGUUGGCAUGUCACAGACCAUUUGCUGUGUCAUAGCUCAGCUUCUGAAGGCGGCGUGGUGCAGACGUUCUCUGUGUUUGUGCCCGUGUAAGCGUGACUGCCAACCGAUGUCAUGAAGGACUGGAGCUAAUCGACUCCCUGGCGAGGCGUCAUUCUUCAGGCCAUCAACAUCUCCCGGAACUUGGCUGACAGAGGUGACAAGCUUUGCAGUCUACGCUCUAAUCCUGUGCAAAUUUUACGUGACCCGUGUGUUAUAGGCCUUGAGUCCUAAAGUCCUCUUCGGAGAGAAAACAGCGUCUGUCUGAGAGAAAACAGCCGUUGCGGGCUGGCGCAAUGAGUGACGAGGAAGAUGCCAACAUUCCCGAUGCAGACACAUGUCAAGCCAGAUGUGUCGAGUUUGCCAAGAUUACCGGAACGGACGAAGCAUGCGCCCAAUUUUUCCUGCAAGAUCACGAUUGGGACCUUUCUAGGUCGCUGAACUCGUAUUUCGAAGCCCGAACGACCGGCGGUGGUGUGCACGUCGUCCCUGGAAGUUCGGAGGCAUCAGCGAUCAUUACCAUCGACGAUGCGGCCGCAUCAGCCUUGGAGAAUGACCGAAAGAGGCCCAGGGCAUCGGACGGCGAUAGCUCUGAUGGUGCAGACACCUCGAGGCCGAAACUGACCGCCACCCCGCCCAAGAGGUUCUCCUUUAUCACUUGGAACAUAGAUGGCCUGGACGACAGAAGUCUCAAGAAGAGGAUGAAAGCCGUCUGUAAGAUAAUUGAAACUGAGGCUCCGGAUAUCGUCUUUCUGCAAGAGUUGACGCCGAACACGUACCUGUACAUCGAGGCCAAGCUGCCGCAGUACGAGCUGUUCUCGGCGGGCGCCGACCGCGACUACUUCACGGCCACGCUGCUGCGCAAGUUCCGCGUCUACUCGGACGGCCACCGGAUCAUCGAGUACGCGCACACCUCCAUGGGGCGCAACCUCCUCUGUGUGGAGGCACACAUCGGGCCCCUGAAGCUCACGCUGCUCAAUACUCACCUGGAGUCCACAAAGGCGCACUCUGAUACCCGGAUGAAGCAGCUCCGGGACUGCUUCUCCCGAGUCAGCGCGACGAGCCCCGAGCGCGUGACCAUCUUCGCCGGCGAUCUCAACCUCAGGGAUCACGAGAUGAAGUCAGUGGGCGGCCCGCCUGCGGGCGUGUCCGACCUCUGGGAGCGCUGCGGCCGACGGAGGGAGGUCGAGUUCACAUGGGACACCCAGCGCAACACUAACAAGGAGAUGCCGGGACGCUUCAAACCGCGACUGCGUUUCGACCGGGUGUACCUGCGCGACGCGGGCCGCGUGACGCCCGUGCACUUUGGUCUGGUCGGCCUGGAGAAAGUAACGGGCACGCAGAGCUUUCCCAGUGACCACUGGGGUAUCCAGGUGUACUUCAGUAUCGACCAGUAGCAGAGCACGGGUAUGAACCGAUCACCGAUGGCCGAGCCGGUUCAAUGUCGCGUGAUUGUGGCUGAAGAAGACUUGAUUGUGAUGUUAUUGUGAUAAAGAGAUUGCAAAUGAUCACAGGAAGUUUUUUGUUUCUUUUUUUUUCUAUGCGAUGUCAUUUCCAAAUAGUGCCAAAAGUUUGUCGCCGUCAUCCAUUCCGCUAUGCUUUUGAUAGGCUGUAGAUGUAGAUGAGCAUUGUAAAUCAACUUUUUGUGCAGUCUUGAAUACAACUUUGCAGUUUAUCAUUAAUUGUGGAGACAGGAGAAAAAUGCCUACAUUUUGCCGAAAUUCCUUGCAUGGAAGUGGGUGUGCUAGCAAAAACGUCCCACGAAAAUCAAUUGCGGUCAAUGGAAUGGGUAGUCUGUAGUCUUGUUUGAGCUUCUGACAUCAAUUUAGUGCGUGUCCGGAUGGUGCAGCAUUUUAUGCGUCCAAUAUGCUCAUCUGUGGCGCAAAAGAUUCAAUUGUGCUUCUUCUCAAGCCAGAAGCUGAAUUUGAAUACUAUAGGACUUGAGGAUUUUUGUGGUUGCAAGUCAUCAUUAUUGAAAAUGGUCUCCAAACUACUUGAACUUCUCCCAAGUCUACCCUGUACAUCGGAGGCCAUCCAAAUAUCUGAAGAGGAGCUGGAUAAGAUUGGCAAUGGUGCAUUUAAGAUAUUCUGCAAAGCAAGAGAGAACUAUAUUAUCAUGUUAGCCCAGGUUGACAGUCCAUUUCCAAGCAUGGCCAAGGCUUUGAGUGAAAGGUGCUGGGAAGAACUAAAUACCAGUCAUUGGGCAGAAGUUCCACAUGUGUGGAGGGUGCUGUAUUCUUACGCAGCCUUGUUUCGCUCAACAUAUCACUUGAACUUGUACCUGCAAUCCUCACAUUCUAAUGUUCAGGCUGUGAAAGAUGCUCUGUAUUAUUGUGACAUGGGCCUGAUAAUGGGUAAGCCAGUGUUGGACAAUUUACUUACAAAAGUGGCAUCCUGCUGUCACCAAGAGCUAACUUCAUGCAUUCAGAACACUCUGACCCACUCAGCCUCCACAGCAGCAGUCUGUGACGAGCUGGCCAGCAGGUCAGACGCGUGUCCGCCGAUCUCGGAGCCGGUGCCGCGGCUGCAGUGUCCCUCCGUGGAGCGGUUUGUGCGCGAGGUGUUCGGCCGGCGGCCGGCCGUGCUCGCCGGCUGCGUGUCGCACUGGCCGGCGCUGCGCUGGACGCUGACCGGCCUGGAGCGGACGGCCGGCCACCGGACCGUGCCCGUCGAGCUGGGCGGCCGCUACACGGACGCCGGCUGGUCGCAGCGGCUCAUGACGCUGGGCCAGUUCAUCGAGCAGCACGUGCGCCGCCCGGCGGCCGGCGCGCCGCCCGGCUACCUGGCCCAGUACGAGCUGUUCGAGCAGAUCCCCGAGCUGGGCGCCGACGUGCCGACGCCCGAGUACUGCUGGGUCGGCGCCGGCGACGCGGUGCACACCAACAUCUGGCUGGGCCCGGCCGGCACCGUGUCGCCGCUCCACCACGACCCCAAACACAACUGCCUGGUGCAGGUGCUCGGCAGGAAGUUUGUGCAGGUGUUUGCGCCGGAGGAGACGCCGCGCCUGUACCCGCACGAGGCCGCGCUGCUGCACAACACGAGCCGGGUGGACGCCGAGCGGCCGGACCUGGAGCAGUUCCCGGCGUUCGCCGGCGCGCGCCACCAGGAGGUGGAGCUCGGGCCCGGCGACCUGCUCUACAUGCCGCCCGGCUGGUGGCACUACGUGCGCAGCCUUAGCGUCAGCUGCUCCGUCAGCUUCUGGUUCGAGUGACACUGCACUGCAGACUGCCGGCAGAAUGCAGUUUCCAGGCAGAUAUCGGACUCGGGCUGUCUUUUUUCGUAUAGAAGUGCGAAAGGGGCGACUCAAGCUUCCUGGUGAUUCAGCCGGAGCCAUGACGUGAGGCAGUCAUCGAUAGCUGACCCAGCGAUCGUCAGAGCCUGAAGAGUCCAGUGGGCGGAUCCGGUUCCAUACGCCGCCUCCAGGCUGCGUCCUGGCGAUUAUCAAUAUCGGAGCGGCGAGCGCCAGCCUGAGCGGCGACGGCCGCUGGAGUGCUGGCGGUGGCGGACGCGCUUUUAAAUGACCCAGAGCGCCGCCAGACCUCGAACCGGCGACGCAGCAGCUCCUGGGGAGAAGAACACGUCAACGUCUGCACUCUGCACUGCCGCUGGCGCAUCACCGAAACGAACAACGGACAGCAGCUGAGCUUUGAGGUCAAGUCAAAGACGUACCAGUACGGCUCGUCGGUAUCUAUUAAUGACGUAAAACUCAGUCAAACGAUGCUGGACGAUAGACAUAACGAUAUAGCGGAUCCAAUUCAAAUAGAAUAGUCUUGUCGAAUAGUACAAAUAUACAUAAAUCAAUCAUG